UAGUCCCCUCUGAGUCUCCUACAGAUGUAUACUCCAGGCCUGUCUCGUCCCAUGAAGCUCUGGUCUGGUGGAUACCAGUCAUGGACACUGGUACCGGCCUUCAGCAGUACAUAGAUGGAUACCAGGUGAAGUACUGGAGGAAGUAUGACGAUACAGAGCCGGGGGCCAAUCGUAUCUUUGUGCCCGCCUCCAUGAACCAGACCAGGCUGGAGAACAUGCUGCCAGACUCCCACUACCUCAUCGAGGUCAGAGCCUACAACGGAGCCGGUGUCGGCCCUCCCAGCGAACACUGCGAGAUGUUCACCAAGAGAGCACCUCCAAGUGUGGCUCCCCAAAUGUGGCGUUACAUCAGCUACUCUGGCAAGUGGCUGUACGUGUGGUGGCACCACAUCUCCUACGACUGGUUUGGCAAUGAGUCCUUCCCACUAUAUUAUAAGGUGAUGUUCAGGAAGACUGGCUACAUCACAGGGCCGAUCUACAUGACGGGCUGGCACUUCAUUGACUUCCCCAUGCCCCAGGUAGGGGACUACGAGCUGGAGGUCAGAGGUCGCUAUGAGGGUGGAGACGGCCCCAUCAGGAAGAUCAGGCUUCAGGGUAAGGCGUCUUUCCUGAGACCCACUCUCAGUCUGGCCGCCAUGCUACUGCUGGCCCUGUGCAUCGUGGGAUUGGGGAUAUAGAGACCCAGGACAUGUCUGGGUGGACUGUGGGAGGUUUGACAGAAACAACUCUCACAUCAACUUCCUACAUCUCCUUAAGGACGUCCAAUCUUUCCUGAACCUCUUACUGUCUGUAUGUCUUCCCACAACAAAACAGAGCACCGUGUCACCAUACAGAAAUGACCUGCCGAGCUGUAGAAUCUACGAACGUUACUCUACUGUAAGACAUCCAAGAAAUCCUCUCUGAUUUAUUUAUUGAACAGGUACUGAAGGAAUUGAACGGGUACAAAAGAGGAAUAGAUUUUUUUCAAUAUGCCUUAUGAUGAAUCAUAUUGUACAAUCUUCCCAACAUAUUCUAGCCCGAAAUGUAUAAGACAAUGACGGACUGUAAUCAACACUACACUGUAUGGCGUUUGUAAUGAGUGAACUGUAAAGGAAUGAUCAGAGUAAGAUUGUAUGCAGCUCAGACACCAACUACACAGCCUCUUCCUCCGCUUGACUCACCCAGCGGUUUGGAUAUUUAGUCUCCACACGUUUGCCAUUUCAAGACGACACCAGAUUAGAAGUAAUGUGUGUUUAUGUUUGAUUGGUUCCUUGGAGAAUCCUUUUAAUUGUUCUGUAUUGGUGCUGCUGUGAAAAUAGAUAUUUAGUUUUGUUUCCUUUUCUGUUUAUUUAUCUCUUCAGAUUCGUACACACACACACACACACACACACACACACACACACACACACACACA